CUCUUUCUUUUGCUGUUACACAACAUAAUGGGGAUAUUCGAACCCUUUCGUGCUAUUGGAUACAUUACGAGUAGCGUUCCUUUCUCCGUUCAAAGAUUGGGCACCGAGACCUUCGUCACAGUCAGCGUCGGGAAAGCCUGGCAGAUUUACAACUGUGGUAAGCUCAGCCUGGUUCUCGUUGGUCCUCAACUUGCAAAGAAGAUUCGGGCUCUUGCAUCAUAUCGUGACUAUACAUUUGCUGCAUACGGAAAUGAUAUUGGGGUAUUCAAGCGUGCUCAUCAGGUGGCUACAUGGAGCAGACAUAAUGCCAAGGUUAACUUGUUGCUGCUAUUUGGAGAACACAUCCUUAGCGUUGAUGUAGAAGGCAAUGUUUUCAUAUGGGCCUUCAAAGGAGCUGAUGAAAAUCUCUCUCCAGUUGGACAUAUUUUGCUAGAUAGCGAAUUCACUCCGAGUUGUAUCAUGCAUCCGGACACUUACCUAAACAAGGUGAUUCUUGGAGGUCAGGAUGGUUCGCUUCAACUUUGGAACAUCAGCACAAAGAAAAAACUUUAUGAAUUCAAAGGCUGGAAAUCAUCUAUAAGUUGUUGUGUUUCUUCUCCGGCUUUAGAUGUCAUUGCUGUUGGCUGUGCUGAUGGAAAGAUUCAUGUUCACAAUGUUCGUUACGAUGAAGAAGUAGUUACCUUUAGUCAAUCCACUCGAGGUGCUGUGACUGCCUUGUCAUUCAGAACUGAUGGUCAACCUCUCCUAGCAUCUGGAGGCUCGUCUGGUGUCAUAAGCAUAUGGAAUCUUGAAAAGAGGAGGCUCCAGUCUGUUAUUAGAGAUGCGCAUGAUAGCUCUGUGAUUUCAUUGCAUUUCUUUGCUAAUGAACCAGUGUUAAUGAGUACAUCUGCAGACAACUCUAUAAAGAUGUGGAUUUUCGAUACAAGUGAUGGCGAUCCUCGUUUGCUACGGUUUCGAAGUGGGCACAGUGCGCCUCCUCUUUGUAUACGGUUCUAUGCUAAUGGGAGACACAUUCUAUCUGCUGGUCAAGAUCGUGCAUUCCGCCUCUUUUCUGUUAUUCAGGAUCAACAAAGUAGAGAGCUUUCUCAGCGUCAUGUAACAAAAAGAGCAAAGAAACUCAAAUUGAAGGAAGAAGAAAUAAAACUGAAGCCUGUGAUUGCAUUUGAUGUUGCUGAAAUUAGGGAACGGGAUUGGUCCAAUGUAGUUACAUGUCAUAUGGAUACUGCACAUGCAUAUGUUUGGAGGCUGCAAAAUUUUGUUCUGGGUGAACAUAUCCUGACACCUAGUGCAGAUGUUCAAACUCCAGUGAAGGCCUGCACUAUCAGUUCAUGUGGCAAUUUUGCUAUAUUAGGCACAGCAGGUGGUUGGAUUGAAAAAUUUAAUCUUCAAUCAGGCAUGAGCCGAGGAUCAUAUGUGGACAUGUCAGAAAAAAGAAGCUCUGCUCAUGAUAGAGAGGUGGUUGGAGUAGCAUGUGAUUCAACAAAUUCCCUAAUGAUCAGUGCAGGAUAUAAUGGGGAUAUAAAGGUUUGGAGCUUUAAAGGGCGUGAUCUGAAAGCCAGAUGGGAAAUUGGUUGCACAGUGGUUAAGAUCAUUUACCACCGUUCUAAUGGUCUUUUGGCUACUGUUACGGAUGAUUUAAUCAUCCGUAUGUUUGAUGUUGUGGCACUAAAAAUGGUUCGUAAGUUUGAAGGUCACACUGAUAGGAUCACUGACAUUUGUUUUAGUGAGGACGGAAAAUGGCUUUUGUCAUCCAGUAUGGAUGGCACUCUUAGGAUUUGGGAUAUCAUCUUAGCCAGGCAGAUUGAUGCUAUACAUGUUGAUGUAUCUAUUACUGCCUUGUCUUUAUCGCCCAAUAUGGAUGUUUUGGCAACAACUCAUGUUGAUCAGAAUGGAGUCUACCUCUGGGUAAACCAGACAAUGUUUUCCGGAGCCCCACAUAAUGAUUCAUAUGGAAGUGGAAAGGAGGUAGUGAAUGUUAAAUUACCUCCCAUCUCUUCUGGAGAGGGUUCUAAAGACGAUGAUGAUUCUGAUAAGCCUGCUUUAAGCAACUCUCAGCCUCAGGCCACUACUAACACUCUAGUGAGUGAGCAACAAAUCCCGGACCUAGUUACACUUUCACUGCUGCCGAAGAGCCAGUGGCAAAGCUUGAUCAAUUUGGAUAUCAUAAAGGCCCGCAACAAGCCGAUUGAGCCUCCAAAAAAACCUGAAAAGGCGCCUUUCUUUUUACCAUCAAUACCAUCCCUCUCGGGAGAAAUAUUGUUCAAGGUGAGUGAGCCAAAUAAUGAAGGAAAGGAAACACAAGCUGAUGAGUUUGAUAAACAUGCCAGAAGUACGGAUCUGCCCUCAUCACCCUUUGUACAAUUCCUCCAGUCGUCUGUUGAGACAGAGAACUUUGAGGCAUUCACAGACUAUCUCAAAGGUUUAUCUCCUUCAACAUUGGAUGUGGAACUAAGGAUGCUUCAGAUUAUUGAUGAUGAUGAUGAGCAAGAACCAGAAAAUAGACCAGAGUUGUUGAUUCUUGAACUUAUACUCGAGUAUUUAAUACAUGAAAUAUCAUUCAGAAACAACUUUGAAUUCAUACAAGCUGUCAUCCGAUUGUUCUUGAAGAUACAUGGGGAAACUAUUAGACGGCAGUCCAAGUUACAAGCCAAGGCACAGAAGCUUCUGGAAGCUCAAUCUGGUGUAUGGCAGAAGUUAGAUGGGCUGUUUCAGAGUGCCAGAUGCAUGGUCACAUUUCUUAGUAACUCACAGUUUUGAUCGUCUUUACACACAUCAGAUUCUUGUGCCUCUUUACCUCCUAUUUUCCUAAAAAUCCUUCGGAAAAUUAGGAAGAUGACCCAAGUAGGAUUCAAGACAUGAGAGCCAUUUCUUCAAAAUGUACGAUAGAAAUAUCGAUAUCAAGGAGUUGCCCGGAUACGAGCCUGUAAAAAUUAGUUUGGAGAGAAUUGCAAGAGCCUUGAUUUUUUGGAAAAUACAGAAACACAUGUUGAGCAGGGAAUAUUUGAUGUAUUAUUAUUAAUCACUUUAUUUAUUUUCAAGUGAUUGAGUUAUUGCAGGAUGAUUUCUUGGAGGUGAGUUUACUUGUAAAAUAGUUUCGGUAUAGGGUUGAAGAUACAAAAUUUAUGCACCAACUUUGGGUAUUUUGG